ACGGUGCGCGCGCGCUCCCCGGUGUCCCCGCCCGCUCCUCGUGCGCCUGCGCACCUGCGGGUUCGGCUGCCUGGCGCUGCAAGGCCGCCGACGCCCCGACCGUGAGGCCCACGCCGCCAAGACUGCGGGGAGAGGAAAGCUCUGAGUAAAGUUGUCGGUCUGAGUCCUGCACGUUGGGGGUGUUCCUGGUCCCCCACCCAUCCGCUCGGAGGUGCAUAUGUGGGCGCGGGGAGCAAGGAGCAAGGGCCAGAUGGUACGGGAUCCCAGUGGGCACUGAGCCAGGGCUGUGAUUGGCCUGAGCUGGACAAUGCCACUGUGAGGUCGGCCCACUCUUGCUGUGAAAUGGAGGCUCCUGAGCCCUGGGGGUCAGUGGAGCUGCCGUCCAGACACAGAUCAUGAGUGGCGGCUAUGAUCUCAACCUCUUCACCAGCCCUCCCGACUGCAACUUCCUGUGCUCCGUGUGCCAUGGGGUUCUCAAGAGGCCAGUGAGGUUGCCAUGCAGCCAUAUCUUCUGCAAGAAAUGCAUCCUCCGGUGGCUAGCCAGACAGAAGACCUGUCCGUGCUGCAGGAAAGAGGUGAAACGGAAAAAGAUGGUCCAUGUAAAUAAACUCCGGAGGACCAUUGGCCGCCUGGAAGUCAAGUGCAAGAACGCGGAAGCUGGCUGCUUGGCGACGUGCCCCCUGGCCCAUCGAAGGGGGCACCAGGACUCCUGCCCUUUCGAGCUGCAGGCCUGCCCCAACGAGGGCUGCACGGCACGGGUGCCACGUGGGGCCCUGGCUGAACACCGGCAGCACUGUCAAAGUGGGACACAGCAGCGGUGCCCACUGGGCUGUGGGGCCACCCUGGGCCCCGUGGAGCGCGCACGCCAUAACUGCUACCGCGAGUUGCGCGACGCCUGGAGCAAGCGUCAGGAGCGUAGCCGGACCCUGGUGCUGGGCCUGCUGCGGCGCAUGCGCAAAGUGCACCGCACCACCAAUCUCAUCCGCAGGCAGCUGGCUCAGCUCGGAGACUUCCUGGAGGAGGACGACGCGCUUCUCGUGGGCGCCCCGCAAGGGGAGGCCGAGGCCACCCCAGAAGGCAGCCUUGGGGUGGAGGUUGGGGGGCCCAGGGCCAAGGUACCUUGUAAAUAGAGGAGUAAAUAAACGCAGAGCCCAGG